CUCAUUGGGGACACUGGGGUUGGAAAAUCAAGCAUUGUGUGCCGGUUUGUCCAGGAUCACUUUGACCACAAUAUCAGCCCAACUAUUGGGGCAUCUUUUAUGACUAAAACUGUGCCUUGUGGAAAUGAACUUCAUAAAUUCCUCAUCUGGGACACUGCUGGCCAGGAACGGUUUCAUUCAUUGGCUCCAAUGUACUAUCGAGGCUCUGCUGCAGCUGUUAUUGUAUAUGAUAUUACCAAACAGGAUUCAUUUCAUACUUUGAAGAAAUGGGUUAAGGAGCUAAAAGAACAUGGUCCAGAAAACAUUGUAAUGGCUAUCGCUGGAAACAAAUGUGAUCUCUCAGAUAUUAGAGAGGUUCCCUUGAAGGAUGCUAAGGAGUACGCGGAAUCCAUAGGUGCCAUCGUGGUGGAGACAAGUGCAAAGAAUGCUAUUAAUAUUGAGGAGCUUUUUCAAGGAAUCAGUCGCCAGAUCCCUCCCUUAGAUCCCCAUGAAAAUGGAAACAGUGGAACCAUCAAGGUCGGGAAGCAGACUACGCAAGCCAGCCGGCGGUGCUGUUGA